AGCAACACAUGGAAACUGAAAGUGGAGCUUUUAGCCAUGAAACGGUUCCCUUUGCUCCUUUUGAGUGAUUUUGUUCUCCACUUAAUGUUUGCAUUCUUUGCAAAGGGCUUUGACAAGGAGAAAGAUUGAAGGUUUCUUUAGCUUCUUCUGUCACUCAUGCCAAUGGAGAAGAGUUCUGCAGGGCUUAGCAAGUCUUGUAUACUCAUUAUAGUGAUUGCAAGUGUGGAGAGGUUUGCAUACAAGGGUGUGGCUUCUAAUCUAGUGACUUAUUUGACUGAUGUUGUGAAUUUUAGCAACUCCUCUGCUGCUAAGAGUUUGAGUAGUUGGGUUGGAUUUACUUCUAUGCUUCCUCUUAUCAGUGCUAUUCUUGCUGAUUCUUAUUGGGACCGUUACUAUACCAUUGUGGCUUCUUCUUUUAUCUAUGUUGUGGGCCUUGUUGGAUUAACUUUGUGGGCACUAUUAUUCACAUGGAUGCCAGCCUCUUCUCUGUUUCUUCCCCUCUAUUUAAUUUCUAUUGGACAAGGGGGAUACAACCCGUCGCUACAAGCAUUCGGCGCAGAUCAAUUGCAAAUGGAUGAGAAUUUGUCUUGUGGCAAAGAUGAGAAGACUAAGUUUUUUCAGUGGUGGUACUUUGGUAUAUGCAGUGGCAGUUUGUUGGGGAAUUCUCUAAUGUCAUACAUCCAAGACAAUAUCAGUUGGAGUUUGGGAUUCACAAUCCCGACCAUUGCGAUGGUCAUGUCUAUUAUUUUCUUCUUAUGUGGUACUCGUUUCUAUGUCCGCAAGCAAAUACUAACCGAUAACAUGAAUACAGAAGGUGGCAUCAUUCAAGCCAUCAAAGUGGCUGCAUCGAAGUUGUUUUCACAGAAAAACUGCUCAUUGCAGAAAGAUACAGAAAAAAUGGAACUUGAGUUGGAAGAAAAACCAUUUCGAGAUGAUUAUGAAGUUCCAGACAUCAGAGAACAAAUCUCAGCCAAUCCGCAACCAGGUGUUGCUAGUGUAAUCCUUCGGCUUUUGCCUAUUUGGACAAUGUUGCUAAUGUUUGCGGUCAUCUUCCAACAGCCAGCUACCUUCUUCACAAAACAAGGUAUGACAAUGAAGCGAAACAUCGGCAAGUCUUUUGAGAUUCCUCCUGCAAUGCUUCAAAGUACGAUAACUAUUUCCAUAAUUUUAUUGAUGCCACUAUAUGACAAGCUCAUAAUUCCUAUACUACGAGUACUAACUCGAGAUGACAAGGGUAUCACGGUACUCCAAAGGAUUGGAAUAGGGAUGUUACUUUCGAUUGUUGCAAUGGUUGUGGCUGCACUUGUUGAAUCAAAAAGGCUAGAAAUUGAGAGGAAAGGCAUAGAAUUAGCUACUGAAUCACAAUUAUCAGAAAUGCAUUUGAGUGUUUUCUGGCUGCUACCGCAGUACAUUUUACUUGGAAUUUCUGAUGUUUUCACUGUUGUUGGAAUGCAAGAGUUCUUUUACACUGAGGUGCCGGCUUCGAUGAGGACUAUUGGCAUUGCUCUCUACUUGAGUGUUUUCGGAGUCGGUAGCUUCCUUGGUGCAAUACUGAUCACAAUUGUUGAGUUUGUAAUUAAAUUGAAAGGCCAUAAAUGCAGUUGGUUCUCCGACAAUAUGAAGGAAGCUCGACUAGAUAAUUACUAUUGGUUUUUGGCUGUACUUAGUUCGAUUAGUUUUCUUAUGUUUGUUUUGUUGUGUAAGUAUUACAAUGGUGCAAGUGCUUCUGCAAGUGUAGGUAACAACAGUAAGUGAUCAACAGAGUUUAAUAAAAUUGUUCAUAUUUGUGUA